AUACUCAUUUUCAGACAGAACGAUCUUCAACGUACUACGUCAUUUGUUUAAUUAACAGAUCGGUAAAGAAAAAAUUAAGAUUCAUAUAAGAGGACUGACGAGUGCGAGCACUGCCAUUUUACAAGCUAGAAAAUGUACGCGCUUCAAUUGUCGGUUGUGGGGAUACUCGUUGUCCUCGGAAGCGUGAAAUGUUCGGUUUCGAGUAUUCUCGAUGUUAUUAACCAGAAAGAUACAACGACUCCUUGCAAAGCAACGAGAGAGUGUUUAAAUUGCGUACAAUCCAGACUAUGUAUGUUAAACAAUAAUGGCAUACUGGAACAGGUCGCCAUUAUAAAUUGUACUUCUAAUUCUAAUUCUGCAAAACCAUAUUGCGAUAAGGAGACUGGUUUGUGCAGUAGCAUAGCUUCAAACCAAUGCCUUUCGAAUGAAUUCAUCUGUCCUUUCGUCGACGGAAUAUAUCCAGAUCCUAACAAUUGUAGGAUUUAUCACCUUUGUGCGCAAGGUUAUAGAACAACGAAUAUUUGCCCACCUAACAACGUUUACGACGCACGUUUGCAAAAUUGCAAGUUAUCUUAUUAUUCCUAUGACUGCACUACUGUUAAUUGCAGAGGUAAGGAAGGUCAGUUUUUCGUUUAUCCAAGAGACGACCGAAUAUAUGGAAGUUGUGUUGAAGAACGACCAUACCUUAUUGGACGAUGUGAGGAAUACGAAAAAUUUGAUGUUAAUUUGAAUAGAUGUGUCAGAGUUUGCAGAAAACUUGAAAAUCAAUAUACCAAUGAUUGUCAAAAAUAUAUACGUUGUGCCGAAGUUAGGAGAGGACAAUAUCAACCAGUUUUGCAAUACUGUGCCUGCGAUCAAGGUUUUGAUAAGAUUAAAGGUAUCUGCACAACAACAGCAGAGUGUUUGAAACAGAAUAAUACCUGCAAAACGACAGCACUACUUAGCGAUCUAUUGGGUCUUCCUGAUGACUACGAUAAAGAUGAUGAUUCCGUAGAAGAAGAAGAAGAAAACGAGCAGGAUCCUCAGGUUUCUGAUUUGAUAAUCAAUAAUUCGGAUAAUAAAAACAGUAACAAUAAUAUAUCUAAUGGUAAUGAUAAUGCAAACGGUAAUAUUGUGAAUGGCAAUAGUAACCAAAAUAAUUCGAAUUCUGGAGACGUAAAUAACAUAAAGAGACGAUCAUUACGUCAAUUCAUUAUCAAUAAUUCAGAAAAUAGUCAUGGUUCGAAUAAAGUGUCUAACGGAAACGAUGAGGAAAAUGGUAAUAUAGUCAAUGGCAAUGGUAAUAGUAAUAACGAGAACGAAGGUGACAUAGGUAACGUAAAAGUGAACAGACCUAGUCUACGCCCUUUAAUUAUUAAUAAUUCAGGAAAUAGUCACAGUGAUAAUAAUGUUUCUAACGGCAACGAUAAAGAUAAUGGUAAUAUAAUCAAUGGCAAUAGCAAUGAUAAUAAUAAGAACGAAGGUGACAUAGGUAACGUAAAAGCGAACAGACCUGGUCUACGCUCUUUAAUUAUUAAUAAUUCAGAAAAUAGUCACAGUGAUAAUCAUGUUUCUAACGGCAACGAUAAUGAUAAUGGUAAUAUAGUCAAUGGCAAUGGUAAUAGUAAUAACAAGAACGAAGGUGACAUAGGUAAUGUAAAAGCGAACAGACCUGGUCUACGCCCUUUAAUUAUUAAUAAUUCAGAAAAUAGUCACAGUGAUAAUAAUGUUUCUAACGGCAACGAUAAUGAUAAUGGUAAUAUAGUCAAUGGCAAUGGUAAUAGUAAUAACAAGAACGAAGGUGACAUAGGUAAUGUAAAAGCGAACAGACCUGGUCUACGCCCUUUAAUUAUUAAUAAUUCAGAAAAUAGUCACAGUGAUAAUAAUGUUUCUAACGGCAACGAUAAAGAUAAUGGUAAUAUAGUCAAUGGCAAUGGUAAUAGUAAUAACAAGAACGAAGGUGACAUAGGUAACGUAAAAGCGAACAGACCUGGUCUACGCCCUUUAAUUAUUAAUAAUUCAGAAAAUAGUCACAGUGAUAAUAAUGUUUCUAACGGCAACGAUAAUGAUAAUGGUAAUAUAGUCAAUGGCAAUGGCAAUAGUAAUAAUAAGAACGAAGGUGAUAUAGGUAACGUAAAAGCGAACAGACCUGGUCUACGCCCUUUAAUUAUUAAUAAUUCAGGAAAUAGUCACAGUGAUAAUGAUGUCUCUAACGGCAACGAUAGUGAUAAUGGUAAUAUAGUCAAUGGCAAUGGCAAUGAUAAUAAUAAGAACGAAGGUGACAUAGGUAACGUAAAAGUGAACAGACCUGGUCUACGCCCUUUAAUUAUUAAUAAUUCAGAAAAUAGUCACAGUGAUAAUAAUGUUUCUAACGGCAACGAUAAUGAUAAUGGUAAUAUAGUCAAUGGCAAUGGUAAUAGUAAUAACAAGAACGAAGGUGAUAUAGGUAACGUAAAAGCGAACAGACCUGGUCUACGCCCUUUAAUUAUUAAUAAUUCAGAAAAUAGUCACAGUGAUAAUAAUGUUUCUAACGGCAACGAUAAAGAUAAUGGUAAUAUAGUCAAUGGCAAUGGUAAUAGUAAUAACAAGAACGAAGGUGACAUAGGUAACGUAAAAGUGAACAGACCUGGUCUACGCCCUUUAAUUAUUAAUAAUUCAGGAAAUAGUCACAGUGAUAAUGAUGUCUCUAACGGCAACGAUAGUGAUAAUGGUAAUAUAGUCAAUGGCAAUGGCAAUGAUAAUAAUAAGAACGAAGGUGACAUAGGUAACGUAAAAGCGAACAGACCUGGUCUACGCCCUUUAAUUAUUAAUAAUUCAGGAAAUAGUCACAGUGAUAAUGAUGUCUCUAACGGCAACGAUAGUGAGAAUGGUAAUAUAAUUAAUGGCAAUGGAAAUGCUAAUAACACGAAUGAAGGUAACAUAAGUAAUCUUAAUUGAAAUUGAUAUUUUGAUAAUGUAGGAAAAUGAUAGAUUGUAAUAUCUACAUGUAUAUAUUUUAAAUAAUAUAUAUAUAUAUAUAUAUAUAUUAGAAUUUAAAAAAUGAUUUAAUAGUUUCCUUUCUAAGCUAUAAAUAAAAAUAAAAUAAUGUCAUCAAUUUAAUAAUUUGAUGAUUAUUUCAAUACUAUUAUCGCUUUAUUGUCACAUUAUUUAUCCAUUACAGUAUAAUUAAACACAUAAUACAUUAUUUUAAUGACAAAGGAUCGUAAACUCGUUUAUAUGUCAUCCACAGCAAUAAGUUGAAAAAGUUCCCGAGUGAAAAGUCUCGCUCGAAAUUUUCUCAACGGGUAAACUAUUCAUGUUCGAAAAUCUAACCUUCUCUUUUGAUAUUUAUUACGUACAACAUCACAUACAUUUAUACACGACGAUCUUAUUAAUAAUAGUCGAAUUAUGCGUAAUAUGUACGAAGGAAGAACCGAAUUCGCGUUAUCAGUGCAUAUCGUAAUCACUAAUUUGGGUUUUAUAUUGUGAAAGUUUAUUCUAUGUGCAAGGAAAUUAUCCAGACUUCGUAAGCCGUUCUAUCGUAGCAAGACGAUGAUCGAUUCGAGAAAGGAGUAUAGGUUUAGAGUACAGAAGUUUAAAGAGAUAGUUUUCCUUAAGAACAAAAUGAACGCUUGAAAAAUUUCUUUUACGCAGAAUAAUCCUAAUAAGAUAGAAGGAGUCUAAAAGAACGGGCAGUUAUAAUCAUCGAGCGAUACACUUAUUGUCUUAUGAACGACGAACGGUUCUAAUCAUUUGAAUAAUUUUAGCUUAUAGUAUUCUUAAGUAUCGAAAAGAAAAUUAUUGUCAUUAUUUAUUGUCAGUGAACGCAUAUUUCUUACGACGAAGGUUACAUUUCUUUCAUAAUUAAUGAGAUGAUAUAACAAGGACGACCGAUAGUUUGUUCCUCUAAUCUAAUUCAUUUUAGAAAAAAUAAAUCGUCUACUGUAGAAUCGUAAUUGCAGAAGUGGAAUUUCGAAGCUUUCAUAAUUUCAAUGAACGGAUACCGUACAUAGAUAAAGAAGCACGAAAUCUUAGGUUUACAAAAUAUUUACAUCGACGGAGGAUAUUCUUCCAUUUUUCUUGUCGUUUUUUCGAUACUUCGUACAUUGCGUAUGAUCCCGUCAUGAUGUUUAUACGACGAUAAUUUAAUCAUAGAUGAUAAUGAGCCAGUAAUUAUAAAUCUUGCAUUUAACGAUGGGUCUGCCGAUUCAGUCCUUUACAAGCUUUUAAUUUCAUCUAUAUCGCUGUUAUUUAAAAUAAUCGUUCUAGAUUAUAUUAUUUUCUUUUGUAAUAAUUUAAAGAUCAAAAUAGAAAGCAGUUUUUCAAAGCUAAAUAUCUUCAAAGUAUCAGUAUUUUACAAGUGCAACGUUAGGAAUCAUUUUUUAUACCCAUCGCUACUUGCACAACUCAAACUAUUUAAACAGUCGGUAAUGAAGAGAAUUAUCGUCUGUGGGAAAUAGAACGGUAUCUUCGAAAGCCAUGGUGACAAUUUCCACAUAAAGACUGGAGAAAGCGUAUUCUGGGAGAGCCAGAACUAAGAAUGGGCCUUAACGACCAAGUCGUCGAGUAGGAGGAGUAGUUGGACGUGGGCCCAUCUGCGGAAUUCUCCCUGAAAUUGAUCGACGUGUUGUUACACCAGAAACGAUUCCUACUUUAUCGAUACUCACACAUACACACAUAUAUCUUAUAUCUAAUCAGUCAUAAUUUUUAUGAUCUAACACAGCUUCUAUUUUUUGAACUAAUCAAUACUAAACACCUAUCAAAUAGUAUAAAAUCCAACGACGAUUUGUAACAUUUUUUUCUUAUAUAAUAUAAUAAAGAUUUAGAAUAAAAAAGAUGAUGUACGUUCAAA